AGAAGUUCUUUGAGAGUGAGCUCUUGAGGGUAUAUGUCCCCUUUACCUACAUAACAGGCAUUUAACAACUGGUGUAUUCAAUUACCAGUGGUCCUUGAAAGAAAUCACUAGGAGGAAGGAGACAUUGAGUUUGAAGGAAUGAAGGGACAGUGCUGAGAAGCAGAGAGAGAAGGUGAGAAAGGAAAGGGAAAAGAUUCUGAGGCCAAAGGGGACACGGAUUCGAGCCCUGGUCUGGGAAGAUCCCACAUUGCCGCGGAGCAACUAAGCCCGUGCACCACAACUACUGAGCCUGCACUCUAGAGCCCGCGAGCCACAACUGCUGAGCCCGUGUGCUGCAACUACUGAAGCCCACGCUCCUAGAGCCCUUGCUCUGCAACAAGAGAAGCCACCGCAAUGAGAAGCCUGUGCACUGCAACAAAGAGUAGCCCCUGCUCGCUGCAACUAGAGAAAGCCUGUGCGCAGCAACAAAGAUCCAACGCAGCCAAUAAAUAAAUAAGUUGAUAUGUCAGACCUCUCUCCAGAGGAGCAAUGGAGGGUCGAGCACGCACGCAUGCAUGCCAAGCACCGCGGCCACGAAGCCAUGCACGCUGAAAUGGUCCUCAUCCUCAUCGCUACCUUGGUGGUGGCCCAGCUGCUCCUGGUACAGUGGAAACAGAGGCACCCCCGCUCCUACAAUAUGGUGACCCUCUUUCAGAUGUGGGUUGUUCCCCUCUAUUUCACAGUGAAGCUGCACUGGUGGAGGUUCCUAGUGAUCUGGAUCUUGUUCUCUGCCGUCACAGCCUUUGUCACCUUCCGAGCCACCCGAAAACCACUAGUACAGACAACCCCAAGGUUGGUUUAUAAGUGGUUCCUGCUGAUCUAUAAAAUCAGCUAUGCCACUGGCAUCAUUGGCUACAUGGCUGUCAUGUUUACCCUCUUUGGUCUUAACUUGUUAUUCAAGAUCAAACCAGAAGAUGCCAUGGACUUUGGCAUUUCUCUCCUCUUCUAUGGCCUCUACUAUGGUGUUCUUGAGCGGGACUUUGCAGAAAUGUGUGCAGACUACAUGGCGUCUACCAUAGGGUUCUACAGCGAGUCGGGCAUGCCCACCAAACACCUCUCGGACAGUGUGUGUGCCGUGUGUGGGCAGCAGAUCUUUGUGGAUGUCAGUGAAGAGGGCAUCAUCGAGAACACGUAUAGGCUGUCUUGCAAUCAUGUAUUCCACGAGUUCUGCAUCCGUGGCUGGUGCAUUGUGGGAAAGAAGCAGACGUGUCCCUACUGCAAAGAGAAGGUAGACCUCAAGAGGAUGUUCAGCAACCCCUGGGAGAGGCCUCAUGUCAUGUACGGGCAACUGCUGGACUGGCUUCGAUACUUGGUAGCCUGGCAGCCUGUCAUCAUUGGCCUGGUGCAAGGCAUCAACUAUAUCCUGGGCCUGGAAUAGUCAGGAAGAAGAGCAUCCACCCACCAUGGACCUCAGGGCACUCUCCUCCCUGCCCUCCAAGACCUCCUGGGUGGGAAAGACUCAAAGGGGCACUCGGGCCACUCAGGACCCUUCCGGCUGUGUCCGGGCUGGGGAGGGAUAUGAUGGAGAGCCAGCAGGUGGGGCUGUCAGCAGUGGGGGGCUUUUUAAAAGAAAACUAUUUUGAUGAAUAUAUUUAAAAACCUUU